CCGGUGCUUUUAAUUUCUGAAAAUUGUGUCUUCCCUUCCUUCCUUUUUUUUUUUUCUUCUUCUUUUGGAAAUGCCGAGAUGGAAUCUGUUGAAUUUGAAAAAGUUGAGUUUAAACAAUCCGAGGAAUGAGAUUUACGCGCGUUCGAAAACCACCCCCAAUCAACGACGCUAAGGCACAGGCGCUUAAUCAGGGUAUUAGUACGAAGGAAUUCCAUUUUUGAAUACAGUUCAGUGCUCAUCUCUCGAGAAGGUAGAAUGAUGGAAUCGUAAUCCCAGCGAGGUUGACCAGGAGUGUGUGUGUGUGUGUGUGAGAAAGAGAGAGAGAGAGAGAAGGAUCGAUGAAGAGUGUCGAACACGAGCAAGGAAGCUUGGUCGUCGUCGUUCGCCUGCACUUUUAACGUCGUCGCGCUUCGUGUCGCCUUCGUCCCAAUUGAAUGAGAAAAAAGAGAAAGAAAAGGGGGAGAAAAAGGUGGCCUGGCUGUAGCCGGAGAGGAAAAGACGAACGAUAGCAUAGGACAGAGUGAAACAGGGAUGGAGCAUUCCUUGGGGUGUUGCAGCCUAUGAUCAUGCAACGAGAUGGGCGGGUUUUUAGGUUGUUCUUUGCUCCGCCCCUGGUACCGCCCCAUUGGUGGUUGCUGCUACCUUCAACUCGUGACCUCCCUUCACCCUUCUGUCUGCAGCUGAAACCUUGGUUGGUUUCGCCAGCAGCCACCGCACACACGUCAGCAGCGGCAAACACGGCGCCUCCAACGGCCAACGGAUCGUUCGUGAUCUCCGUCGAUCAUCUGCCCAGGUAUCAGCGAUCAACGCAUUUCCACGAAAUCGCGAGGGUAGUUUCUGGUUAGAGAAUCGAGGAAGCCCUGAAGUGAGAUCUGUCGUGUGCCCGGGGUUCGCUAUGAGAUUACGGGACGGAUGGUGAGAACGACAUCCGGCCGCUGAACGCGCGAGCCUUUCGUCGUCGGCAGUGUUGUUUCGGCAAAAACAACUUUAGGAAGAUGCGGACGUCGUAGAAGACAGUGACGAAUUGUAGGAACGAACAUUUCCGAUUGGCAGAACCGAGUGGAUACGACGAUCAACCGGAUCGGCAUUUGGUUGCUCCGAAAUCUAAACUUUGGAUCUGUUGUUCCACAGGAGGAACAACUCGUUGAACGGAAUGAAAAAGUUCAAGAUGCAUCUUUAGAUACAGCACCUUCGUUGUAUCUAAGAUUAUCAGGUUCGUAGAAGCUCGAUUCGUCGACGUGAUGAGCGUGAAUCCAACGGAGGAACAGGAAAUAUCAAUUUGUUGAGAGGUUCAGUGUCAAGAGUCCCUGUGACAAUGGCGCGCAAUCGAAAAUCGAAGCGAAAGGAUUAAUCGCGAGUUUCCGAUAAUGUCGACGGCCAAUUUGAAAGACUCUUUGCUAGUAGAUACCGACCUGUCGAAGGCCGUCGCGUAUCAUUACGAGCAUGGAUGCCUCUUUAAACUAGUGAUUCAGAAGAAAUUGUUUCCGGUCCUGCAAUGUUACAAUAGAAGAACGAACUGCAAGAUCAAGUAGAAUCGAAGCUGAUGCUGCAACUUCGUCAGGAGGUUUAAACUUUGCUUUUGGAGUCCAGUCUCGGUGAAAGUGUUCAGGAUUAUCGGAGGACUGGAACGUGUUCAGAUCACAGAACUGGGCUUGAACGAGCCACUGGUAAAUUCUAUCUCUAUCAUGCAACCGUUCUCAACCGGCAGCACAAUGGCGACCGAAACACCGACCAGUCUUCCGCCAGAGAGGGUUACCUCGCCCGCACCGUGCAAGAACUUGACCUUUUCUAUCGCUAAAAUCAUGGAGCCGGACAAACGUCUUACCGAGCAGAGCAACAAUCAGCAAACCACACCGCCGCAACCUCCGCCGCCCAGUAUCCCCUCGUUAACUUAUUCCGCGCACUUAGAAUCGGCCUUCAAGAAAUACGUGCCAACGUUGAGGCAUCAGAAUCUCUUGCAACCCUAUUCUCUUCUCUAUUAUCAUCCGAAUCCAUUGCUGAGUGCCUUUCCAGCACCACCGCCCACCACGCCCACGGUUCCGCAGAAUUCACCACCCCCAACCACCAUUCAGAAAGCUUUCUCGAAGAUGAGUCGGACAACGAUCUCGUCGGACAGCCAACGCGAGAAAAAGAGUCCCGGUCCACGGAGCAACGAACUCAGCGCCACGAACAAGCAGAAAACGUUCACCUGCCCCGAAUGCGGGAAGGUGUUCAACGCGCAUUACAAUCUGACCAGACACAUGCCGGUUCACACGGGGGCGCGGCCGUUCGUUUGCAAGAUCUGCGGCAAGGGCUUUCGCCAGGCGAGCACCCUGUGCAGGCACAAGAUCAUCCACACGGCGGAGAAGCCGCACAAGUGUCCGACCUGCGGCAAAGCUUUCAACCGGAGCUCAACCCUGAACACGCACAGACGUAUCCACGCCAAUUACAAGCCGUUCGUGUGCGAGUACUGCGGCAAGGGGUUCCAUCAGAAGGGCAACUACAAGAAUCACAAACUGACGCACAGCGGUGAAAAGGCGUACAAGUGCAACAUCUGCAACAAGGCGUUCCAUCAGAUCUACAAUCUCACCUUUCACAUGCACACGCACAACGACAAGAAACCGUUCUCCUGCAAGAUCUGCGGCAAAGGGUUCUGCAGGAACUUCGAUCUGAAGAAACACAUGAGAAAGUUACACGACACCGGGUCACCGGUGUUGAACGGCCUAGGUACUUCGGUGCAGAGUCAUAAUCAGCAGUCUGGAUACGCGUCGGUUCACCACGGACCCGGUAGCCAUUCGUUCGUCAGCCCCUUCUUGCUGCCGCCGCCCGGUACCACGAGUUAUCUCAGCAAAAUGUUGUGACAAGGCGACAGUGUUCAUUCCUAUCCGAGGAAGACGCAGUGUUCUUUGAUUCUUGGACCACCUUGUUACGCGGGGGACAUUGGCCAGUUGACGCAACCCUCGAAAUGAAGAGACUUCCGAAGACUCGAUCGGCGAUCAACAGAGGGAGAGAGAGAGAAAGAGAUAGAUGGAGAGAGUGAGACAGAGAAGUAUCGAGGGUAAAGCUUGGAAAUACGACGAUCUCAAGAAUCGUCGAAUUCUCACCGAUGAAAGUACGAAGAAUUGUUUCCAAUAGACGUGGAGACCAAGAAGAGAUACCAAAGACGCGGCAGAAAUAUUUCGACAAAUGGGGAACGUGUACGUGUUACUGCAUCGUUUCGAGACAACCAACUACCUCAUCUACAGCAAACCAAAAAUUGUAGGAGAUCCUGUUUUAUCUUAAGACUAGUCUCAGGUCUUUUUCGUCAGCCAAGCUGGAAAAUUAUUUCCAACAAUUCCCUUCGGAUACCACGUUUCGAAACUGCUUUUCUCAACCACCGCCAGAACUUCAACACCGGGAUAAACACAACCGAAAGCUUUGAAAACUCGUAAAAAUUCUUCGUCGCGAUUGCCAAGUCAAGACUUUUGUCUUAUGUCAUAUGAAAAUCGAUUGAAAACGGCUCGCAAAACCGUGUGACGGCUGGGAAAAUCGUGGAAGGUCCUUCGGGAAAAGAAGUUGGCAAACGAGGAUGAAGGUGCAUUCGUUUUAGGAAACCGCGCAUUUCCACGGCGCGGAAGUAGGCAAGCAUUCUUAAUGCGGAGGAUCGGAGCCUGGGCAAUGCGACGGGAUGGCCGCAAAAACACCGGGCAAACAGUACGAGUAAACGAAUUAGACGAUUCGUCGCAGACAAUUCCGGCAGGACAAUGAUAUUUUAACCGAACGAGCAGUUGCCAGCUGCAAAACACCGAGCGUGAAUAUAUCGGAGAACGCAAAUAAUCGGUCGUAUCGGGCGAAAUAAACCGAGCUGGGAGAUAAAUCAACAGAUAGACAGAGAAAUCAGGGAUAUAUAAGCGUGUAUUGGCACGGCCGUUAUAUUGGACAGUAACGGGUCCCCCAUGAUAUCGGAUUAAUCGUCGCAUGAAAGCUCAAUCGAUGGUAUCCUGCGAGAGAUGAUUACUUAUUUAUGUAAAUACUUGUAAAUAUUUGUACCUGCGACAGAGAGUGAUUUCGUUAGAGCGCCAAUGACGCCGGCGCGUCGGAAUAUUAUCGAUACGAAAGAACGGGGAAGAAGGGGGGAAAAUGCCAGGAAAAAUGGAAAAAUCGUGGACGCGAAGAUCGUUGGAUCGCGACGAUUCAGAUGGACGAGACGCGAGAGAAUUUCCUCUUUCGGCAACGCGUUUUUUCAUUUCUCUUCUCUUGCGUGAGAGCUUGCGUAGGAGCUUUCCCGCGAGGAAAAGA